GAGCGCCUGCCUGAAACCCUCCGAUUGAAGCGCUCUCACCAAAAACGUCACACAUCACCGGUCAUGCAUGUCAAAAGGCAUAAAUUACACAAUAUCGGGCUCUAUAGUAAUACAUAUUCCAAUAUUCGCUGUGGUGGCAGAGCAUGGUCCUGAACAUCGAGGGAACACACUCACCACAUUACCUGAGAGGAGUUUAACUGCCUACCUGCAAACUGUCCCGAAUUCCGUGAUUCCUAAGGUCGAGCCAUGUCCAGUUUUUUCAUGCCCUUGACUAUAGUCUCCGCCGCCGGCUACCAGUGUUUCAACUCGGCGCUGGAUCUUGGCUAUGUGCCGCUACCGCCGGGGAAAUACGCCAGCACUGACCGGCAUAGAUGGAGGAACGCCGCUACCUCGUGCUUCAGUGCGGUCAUUUUGUCAGUCUUCGCAGUCUACAGUUUGGUCAGCCAUCCGGAAUUGUUGCUACAGCCUCAUGUAUACUACACGGAGAUUGCUGAAAUCAGUGUGGCUAUUGGGACCGGCUAUUUCUUAUACGACACAUGGGAUAUUCUGAGAAACACGGGUAUUUUCAAGAAAUGGACGGUCCUCCUGCAUCACGUCAUUGUGGCUCUUUCAUACUACGUGAUGUCAACGUGGAAGGCGGAAAUGGGUAUAGCCAUCAUCUCACUGCUGCCCGAAAUCAGCGCCAUUUUUCUGCAUUCGCGUCAGGUCCUGCUGAUAUAUGGAUUCUCCAAAGACUCCGCCUUCUACCGCGUGCACAGAGUCUUCAACCUCCUGACUGGUAUCUCGUGCCGACUGGUGCCCAUAGUGUGCGCGUGUUACCUGACGGCGACCGGCAACCACCCUGAGUUACAUUCGUUUUUCGUUUUGCUGCUUCCGUUAAUGCCGCCCGUUAUACUGGCCAUUAACUGCACUAUGCUAUGGCGAUUACUUCACAGUGAUUUCCUGAGUACUAAGACCCACAAAGUUGACUUUAUUAUGGAAAACUGAUGACACCUGGAAAGUGUUGUGCGCAAUUGUAUGUCAUGCAUACACUCUAAAAACAAAUUGGUUUAAAAAUAACCAAAUUUAUUUGGUCACGUUACUUUUGGUUAUUAUAUUUGAAAAAAAAAAUGAAAAUUGCUUGUCAUGUUCUACCAAUAGUUCUUCAAAUGACAAAUUUGCGAUGGUCCUAUAGCCAAAUAUCUUUCUCAUGACAUACUCUGACUGUGUGCCAAAUGCCAUGCGUGUAUCACCAAAGACACAAUUUCAAAAUAUUUCCCCUAUCUGCCCCACUAUAGGCUAAUUUGUUAUAACCACGGAAUGAAAUAUGCAGUUAUUUAAAGUGACUCACGAAUUGAAGUGCCGUUUUCUCCAGAGUUGUAAUGAGUCACUGUUGUUUGUGACUCGAUUCCAGUCGAAUCAUUUAAAAAGAAAAGUAACUCGAGUCGGUCCGAGUCACUUUAAAGAAGUGACUCGAGACGAGUCGAGUUAUUAGGUCAAGAAGGUCGAGUCGAGUCAAAUAAUUAGCUCGA